GUUUGCGAUCACAUGGAGCAGCGGACCGACAGAUUAGCCAGGUGGGUUGCUACAGCGCUUUAUGAACACGACAAAAGGUGUAAACACAAGAAAGUUAUCUCUGUAGAGGAUUUCACCCAUGUGUUGCCUAAAGUUGUUGUUUUAAUUCAUGGAAACGAUUAGAGAAGCUGCUGUUAAACAACGUGGCGCUCUUGAACGCCUCCCCGAACAGCAUGGUGCCACUGACGGCGAGCCUCACCCGGUUAACUGCACUGCUGGCGUGUAAAGGCUCCUGACUGAUGGGUGUGAACAAAGAACACUUGUCUGACUGUGUGACUGCAGAAGCUCACAAUCUUCUCCAGCUGCAGCCAGGAGACGAUCAAAAUGGACCUGUCCGACCAGAAGCACUUUACCGUUGUAGACUAUGUGAUAUUCGCCGUCCUACUUGCUGCCUCCAUGGCCAUCGGACUGUAUUACGCUCUGUCCGGCGGGCGUCAGCGCACCACGCAGGAGUUCCUGAUGGCCGACAGGAGCAUGAAGUGCCUUCCUGUUUCCCUGUCGCUCAUCGCCUCCUUCCAGUCGGCCGUGGCGAUUAUCGGCGUACCAGCGGAGAUCUACACUCACGGCACUCAGUACUGGUUCAUCGGGUGCGCCUACUUUCUGGGCCUCCUCAUUCCAGCUCAUGUUUUCAUUCCAGUGUUGUACAGACUGCGCAUCUCCAGUGCUUAUCAGUAUCUUGAGAUGCGCUUCAGCAAAACAGUGCGCAUCUGUGGAACUCUGACCUUCAUCUUUCAAAUGGUUAUUUAUAUGGGCGUUUGUGUGUAUACUCCAGCUUUUGCACUCAAUGCGGUUACUGGAUUUGAGUUGUGGGGAACAGUGCUGGCCACUGGACUGGUGUGCACAUUGUACACAACACUGGGGGGUUUGAAGGCCGUCAUCUGGACAGACGUCUUUCAGACCGUGGUGAUGUUUGCAGGGCAGCUGGCUGUCAUCGUGGUUGGAGUGCUGCGGACUGGAGGAGUGUCUGAAGUGUGGAGGAAAGUCUGGGAGGGAAACCGCAUCUCUGGCCUCGACCUGAACCCUGAUCCUACAGAGAGACACACCUUCUGGACUCUGGGUGUCGGUGGGAUCUUCCUCAUGUUGUCCCUGUAUGGAGUCAACCAGGCUCAGGUCCAAAGAUACCUCAGCGCACGUACAGAGAAGGAAGCUGUCAGGUCCUGCUACAUGGUGUUUCCCUCCCUGCAGCUCGCUCUGGCUCUCAGCUGUGUGAUGGGUCUGGUCAUGUUUGCACGGUACUGUGGAGAGGAUCACUCAGACAAGCUGGGAAGCUCUUCCAGGGAUGCAAUGGUGAUAUACUUUGUGAUGGACAUGCUGCAGGGUCUGCCCGGCCUGCCUGGACUGUUUGUCGCGUGUUUAUUCAGUGCAGCCCUCAGCACCAUCUCGUCCGCCUUCAACUCUUUGGCCACUGUGACAAUGGAGGACCUCAUCAAACCACAUUUUCCUGCCAUGACAGAAGCGAGAGCAACUCUGCUGUCCAAAGCUCUAGCCAUGUCCUAUGGGCUGCUGUGUCUGGCCAUGGCCUAUCUCACUCACCUCAUGGGAGACUCAGUUUUACAGGUGGCUUUGAAAAUCUUUGGGAUGGUUGGCGGCCCUAUUCUUGGUCUGUUUUGCCUCGGGAUGUUCUUCCCCUGGGCCAACUCCAUCGGAGCGGUGGCCGGUCUGGGUGCAGGUCUGACUUUGUCUUUCUGGAUCGGCGUCGGCAGCAUCGUCACUCGCAGCUCAGGCACGAGGUCGCUGCCGCCCGACUGCCGGGUCGCUCUGCUGUCAGACAACACGACCGCUGCCAUUCAGACGGCUCUCAGCAACGUCACUCUGAGCCGACCCUCCGGCCUGAAGAGGUUUUACUCGCUGUCCUACAUGUGGUACAGCGCGUUCAACUGCGUCACGGUCAUUCUAAUAGGCCUGGUCAUCAGCUUUAUCACAGGCCCAAUGAAAGAAGAAGACGUGACACCAGGAACAAUUUAUCCCUUGUUAGGGAAGCUGCUUUGUUUUCUACCUGAACACCUCAAAAAGAAGCUCUGCUGUGUGACUCCUCUGGGACAGACGCUCGCGGCUCAACAAAGGUCGUCGCCUCCAAAACACCAAGACAGUGACGAACAGGCCGCAGCAUCGCAGGAAGAGACGGAGAGUUUUCUUCCUGAAGCUCAGACAAAUUUUGUCGAGUACGAAACAGCGGUGUGAUAUCGAACUGUCUCACGCGAGGCUGGAAAACCGUUUCCACACAAAGCACUUAAAAUGUACAUGCGUUUCUUACUGUGGUGCCUUUGCUUUGUGAUGAAGGACGCGACGAAAAUUUGCACUGUCGAGCCCAGCAGCGAGGUCAACUUUUAGUUUUAUAUCCUUCUGUCUUCAUGUCGUCAAGAAAAGACUGUAAGCAGAGCCUGUUUCUUUCUUUUACAGAGUCACGACUGAUUUAUUCAAAGUAUUUGUAAUUGACAUUCAUUUGCUUCAUUUGUCUGCGUACAUGUGAGAACACUGCGCUGUUCUGCUGCAGGACAAAGACUGUAGAUCCAGUGAGCUUUUCAGCUUGCAGGCAGCUGCAACAGAAUCUAUUUUAACAGGCUUCAGGCUCUGCCAAUCCACAAUUUGUCAAAUAAAUCAGCACGACUGGGAGCUACAGGCGUGCUUUAGGUGUCAAAAAGUUACCCAGUGAUCCAUAAAUGUUUCAGCCAGGAUUUUAUUUUGAAAAGUUUUGCUCUUUUUCCAAACACCACUUCUCAGUGUAAGAAUGUUGCAUGUCAGGUUAAAAAGCUUUACAGCAAGUCGCCAUGUUUUAUACUAUUGUUUUCUGCAUACUUGACUAUUGUUGAGCACUACUGCAGCUGUACGAGGAGUCCUGUGACAUGACGGCGCCUUACUUCUUAAGAAGUGCAGUUUGACUGUAAUGUAUGUAAAACCUUUUUCUAAAGGGGAUUAAAUAUUUUGUAGUUAAAGUUU